AUGUCAAUUUAUACAAAUCACGGAUAUUUUCCUGAGCCAUGGCAAAUUUUGAUUUGCAAAUCAUUCACUACUAUGGAGGAACUUUCAAUUUUUACCAAACGUUGUUUCCUUGCAGCUGAUAAUGGAUAUAAAGAUCACCUGUUCUGUAUUGCAAAUUUAGAGGUGCUUGAUUUCGAGUUACAAUAUAAUUUAGUAAAUUAUAUAAGAUCUUUACGUGAGGGACGUUUUGAUUAUUUAUUAGCAUUAAUUUGUUAUCAUCUAUCUGGUCAAGGCAAAAGUGAAUGGAUUAAACAAUCUAGUUACCUAAAACAUAAAAUUCCUCGUAGUUUCUUUAUUACCAAUAACAGUGGUGAAGUCAAUAUGUUCUUAUUUGAAUUACUUACAUUAGGAUUUGUAUUUAGUGAUCUGGAUAUCGUUUGUCUUCCACAAACCACAGUUUUCAUUGAAAUUUCUUCUACCGACGAACAAAAAUUACUUAAUUCACUUCCAAUCACAACUACAAUUGACGAAAAUAAUAUUCAUUUCUCUGGAGAAGGAGCCAUUACUCAACCUUUACCAGCGAAAAGGUGUCAAGAACUAGUGACAAAAUAUUUCUUCAAUCAAAACACAGAUAAUAUUUCAUCAUUUCGUUUUGUGGAAAUUUUUAUUAAUGUUUUAGCUGAUCAAUUGGUGCGUUUUUCAUCAAGUUCAUAUUUCCGCGUUGAGAAUUUGAAACAAAUUGUAAAAGACGAUGGUUUAAGAACAACAUUACUACGAAAACUAAUAGAUGUUUCUAAAGACUUUGCAACUCAAUCUGUUCAAACAAAAGUAGCACAAUUAGAAUCAAUUGGAUCCAUUGAUGGCGAUUUAGAAGAUAUUAAAAUUGAUAAAGUUGAUGAUAAUGUGAAGUCUUUCUUGAGAAGUGCAUUUCCCGGUAAUCCCAAAGAAUGGAGACUUGAAGAUUACAAUAUUGAUAAUUUAAUUAAGAUGGGUUUAAUCUUACUAAGAGUUCGGGCUAACAUUCCAGUUGUUGAGAUGGGCGAGGCCGGAUGUGGAAAGAUAAGUUUAAUAAGUUAUUUGGCAAGAAUUGUUGAAGUCAAGUUAAAAGCAUUAAAUCUUCACGCGGGAAUUUCAGAAGCCCAAAUAUUAGAUUUUAUGUCUAAAGUUGAAAAGGAUGCCGUAAACAGAGAAAUACGGAUAUUUUUUGAUGAAAUCAAUACAUGUGAUCAUAUUGGUAUUCUAGCAGAUCUUAUUGUUUAUCAAAUGUUGCUCGGAAAGGCAAUUCAUCCAAAUAUACGAUUAUUCUCUUCCUGUAAUCCAUAUAGAAUUCGAACAAAGAGUCAAAGCCAAGCUGGAUUAAAGGCCAAAGCCAAUAGAUAUGAAGAACUAAAUAAACUUGUAUAUCAAGAACUUAAAGAUCAUGAAUUGAACCAUCCAGUACUUACAGAACUCUUGUUUGGAUCCCAAGAAUUUAUUCGUUCAAUUGAAGAAUCAUAUAGCGUUAGUUUACGUGAUAUGAAGAGAGCUAUCAAAUUGAUAAAGUUUUUCAAUAUUAGUUUAAAUAAUCGACCACGACGAACAAAAACAGGAAAUAAAAGUAGACCCAAAUAUCCUAAUGAUAAUGUACAAUUACAAUUUCAGUAUUAUAUAUUAGCACUUGCUCUUUGUCAUCAAUCUAGAAUUAAUAAUCAAGAAGAACUAAUUCAAAUAAUUAGUCAAAAUCUUCGUGAUAAAGGUUCAAAUGAUCGAUAUUUCCAAACCUUGCCACAGGUUUAUCUUAUUCCACAUCAUGGAUCAUCAUCUCCCACUUCUGAUGGUAUUCUUGAAGUUUUUCAAAAAGCAGUUAAAUAUCAGGAAACAAGUACAGGAGAAUUUCCUUCGAUCAGUCCCAAGUUUGGUAUUGAAGAUCUUGUGGAAACUGCAGAUCGAUUACUUGAUGAUAAAGCACGAUCUGUGUCUCUUAAACCUCUUGCUGAAGCAUAUUUAGAAUAUGAAAAAUCUUGA